CUGGCACCACCUUUUUCAUCCAUGAUUUGACAGCUAUUUAACCUACAAUUUGUCGGUCAUUUUAAUAACAAAUAAACAGAAUUUUAGCAAAAAAUUGAGAUUUCGUAUACGUCAUGACUGCAAGCAAGGAGGUUUUUGUCGAUUUAGAGGAAAAAUUCAAUAAGGUCCUUAAGUUACUCGAGGACAGUAAAUACGACCCUGAAAAUCAGCCUUUCGUGUCGAAAUAUGCGGCCAGCGAGACCCUAGUCAGCAUGAAAGCGAGUCUAGAAAAUGUGAUAGAAACUCAGCCAGACAAUGACAAGAUAAAACUAACAGCAAUGUUGGGAAGUGUGUACCUGUAUCUUGGUAUGACUUCAAUUGCCACUGAGGAAUUAUCGACUGGGGAGGGCUAUUUGGCAAAGUGUGAAGACCUGAUAAAGGAUUGCACAGAGGAGCCCCAAGUGGUUAUGGUAACAUUGAAUAUGUACAACCAGUUUGGGAUUUUGUGGUCGCAAAGAGAGCCAGAAAAGUCUAAAACUUACCUCGAAAAGGCUGAACGGUUGUACGCGACUUACAAGAAAUCGAACGUACCACCAGUUGACAUAAAAGACUUGUUUAACCCAAACUUCGAACUAAACGACAUUGAAACGGCUUGGAUUAACUUUGAGAAAGUUUACACUUUGACAGUGUACUACUUGGCCCAAAUAUACGGGGCGUUGAAAGACGCAUUAAAAAGUGCAGUUUACUGCCACAACACUUUACAAAGACAGUUGGAUAGUGGUGACUAUGAGUCCAUAGACUGGGCUUUGAACGCCGCUACACUGUCCCAGUUUCUCAUGGAACAGAACGGUUUCAAACAAGCGAGACAUCACUUGGCUGCCAGCUCGCUCAUUUUGGACGAGUAUGCGAAAACCCUGGACGCUAUCACCGAAAGAAAUGAGGCUUUUGACGCCAAGAUGGAAGUUUUCAAGCACCGGUCGGCCGAUAUUGCGCGAUGUUGGGCCAAAUACGGCUUACUUCUCCUAUCCAAGUCUAAGGAACGACUGCUGAAUCACACCGACGACAUUGACAAAAACUGCACGCUUUCGUCCGAUCUCACAACUCUGACUCUUGACUCAGACGCUAGUGUGACGAGCGCGGAUUUGCAAAAUCUACAAUUCACAUCGCUAGACCUCGCCCGUUACGAAAACCAAAUCACUUACAAGUUCAUUCUUACAAUUCAGGACGCGCGUCACGUGUUCCUAAACAUCCAAAACUGGCUGCAAAAAGCCGAGGCUUACUAUACUCUAGAAACGUUAGCGUCUGAUCAUUUAGAAAUAGUGCAAGAUAAGAGCCAAAUGUACCUAAACUUGCUAUUUUUCGAAGAUAAUCCCGAAAAUCAAUCAAAGUUGCAUAAGCGUAGAAUUGACUUGUUAGAAAAUAUUAUCAAAAAUGUAAACCCGCAGUAUUAUCUCCAGUACUGUCGACAGAUUUGGUACGAGUUGGCGCAAACCUACUGCGACAUACUCAAUAUCAAAUCUGACAAACUUCGCGAGUCUAAAGAGAGGCCUUCGCCACAUGUUUUGGCCAAAAUCAAUCACUUGAUUGAGAGCAGUAUUUUUAAUUUUACGUGUUUCAUUGAUUCGUUUAAAGAAGGUGCGGGCAAAGAGCUGCCUGGAAAAAUCCCGAGUGAUUCUGAAAAAGCGUUCCUUCAAGCUUACUUUCAUAUUGCUGCUUUAAAUAGCAGGUUUAUAACGUUAGACAAAAACGUCCAGUUGAAGAAUGUCGAAAGUAGCCUUAAUAUGUACAAAAAAGUGCUUGAUUAUUGCAACGUUAAUGAAAAAGCAGCGGAACUGAUUCCAAUGGAACUGGGGAUUUGUAAGGAAAUGGUCACUUUGUUGCCUGUUAAAAUAGCUAAAUUAAAACAGGAGGUUUCAUAAAAAAAACGAAUUUUUUUUAUCAGUGGUUACGUUUAUUCAUAUAUGUAGACGACAAACGUUUCAUUAAUUAAUCCAUUGCGUACCUUUUUAUUAUAUUCGUAUUGGAUUUAUUAAAGGUAGCUAGAUAAUUCAUGGAAUUAUCAAAAUAGUGGCCAAACAUUGCUACAAAACAGCCAUUUGUGUAAAUAUUUAAUUUAUUAAGUGGACCUUUUUAUAUUGAUUUGUUUAGGUGAUUUACAUGAAAUAUUGCUUGGAAUGAAUAAAUUUUAUUACAGAACUGCUUAAAGAA